AUGUACGGUGGCUAUUACGUGAUGGGCUCUGGCAUGCAUCAGGGCGGCGGCUACGGCGGCCCUAUGAUGCAGCAGCAGCAAUGCCAGCACCCACAGCUGCAACAGAAUGCCCAGCAACCACCACCGCCGCCGCAUGCGCAGGCGCGCCUACGCGGUUCUGGCCGAGGUGUUCCACCAGGCCACCCGUCCGCGGUAGCUGGUGGCGGCAGCCCAGGUCAGCUGAACCGCAAUCCGAGCUUCAUGAUGUACAACGACCGAAGCUUUGGCCAGCUGAAUCCGAUGAUGCGGCGUAUGGGCUCCUUCAACUCGAUGGGGUCGAUAGGCGUGAUUCCCCGCUUUGGCAGCUUCAGCACGCACGGCUGCGGCGGCAGCCACCCCCAGCGCCACGGGAGCUUCUCUUCGGUCGGUACCAGCGCUGGCAGCCUGCGCCGCGCCAACAGCGGCGUGAACUUUGACUACUCAACCGGCUUGCAGGCCCACAGAGGAGGCCCGCUCAUGCGCAACGACAGCUACGGCAGCAUGCACCAGGGCGGUGGAAGCUUCUUCGGCGGCAGCGCAGCCCCGAGCUGUGGCGAUCGGCCUCUUCAGCAGCUCAGUCGGCAGAACAGUGCCCUGUGCUCCUACAGCUACGGCAGCUUCCGACAGCCGAGUUUUACGCAGGGUAAUGCUCACAACGGUGCCACCGGCGUCGGCCCGGGGGUGUCGCUGAAUAGCAUAAACGGCAUAUUCAAGCUCGCCGACUCUGGUUGCAGCAGGGCUGGUAGCCCCUCCACGGCUGCCGCACCCCGCGGCGACAUCGGAGCAGCGGUUGCUGCGGGCGCUCCCCUGGAGUCGCCGGCGUCAGGCCUUGCUCGCCAGGACAGCGCCAGGUCGCUUCAGCGCAAGUACUCUAUUUCUGGUCAGUUCUACAACUACGGCAACGACGGCAACAACGGCGGCGGUGUUGACCAGGGCGCUGCGGCCCCGCUGUUGCAGCACCGUCUCUCACAGCCUCUGCCGGGAGGCGGCCCAAUGAUGGGCGGCGGUGGCGGCAUGAUGGCACUAAACGCGCUCACGGCAGCGAUUGGGCAACGCGGCGGUGCUGGUGUCAUGACGCAGCAGAGGCAGCAUCACAUGAUGAUGCAGCAGCAGGCGCGCAUGAGGGCGGCUGGCGACGGCAGUGGCGUCGCUGCCUCGGACGCGCCACCGUCGAAGGGGACGUCGGAGAACACGACGGUGGCGGAGGGCCAACCGCAGGUGCUGGGGCGCAAGAACAGUAUGCAGAACUUGACGCGUAAAAACAGCGAGAAGCGCGUUGGCAUGUACUUCAAGAACAGGGCCGCAGAGCAGGACGGCGUGCAGUACAAGAAGGACGGCGACCCGGGCACCUCUGGCAAGAACAGCUCCGGCGAACGCAACACGUCGCUGACGAACACGCUGAAGGCCUCCCUCUUGCUGGACACCUCCGGCGGCCGGAGCCCCGCGAUCGAGGUGGACGGCCGCACCAUCCGCGCCAGCAAGCCUGGCGCCGAGGAAGUGCAGAAGUACGACAUGCGCGAUAUCAUGUACGUCAACCGCAGCACCGACGUCCAGCUCUGCAGCGACUCGCUAGAAGAGAUGCGAGAUAACUUUCUGUACGGGUGCAACGUCGGCAUGAUCAUGGCCGAUGCUGGCUUCUCCGCUGCACGACCGACGGAGUGGUUUACGUGGCUGGCGUUGAAGUCCGUGGUGAAGGGUAGCUUUGGCAAGCUGGCCUCUACGCAGUUCGAGUUUACCAUGUCAGUGUGCCUUCUGCAGGAUGAUCAGGUGAUGGACCUGCUGUCCGAUCCGCCGCAACGCUUCAUGAACUUGACCGUGGCAGAGAGCCCAUUGUUUGGCAACGUGGCUAACGGCAUGGUGUACGUCUGCGUCGAGGAUGCCGGUGAGUUCAACGAUGUGCUGGACGCGAGCCUGCACCGCGCGCAGGAGCACUGCAGUCCUUUGGCCGAGGAGCAGGGUAUCGUCUUGUGCACGUGCGUGCUGAAGCAGGUCAAGACCUCGCAAUCGUCCGGCAAGGAGGACGUCAUUGUUUCAUCCAUCUUCGCGAGCGGCGUCGGCGACGGCGUUAUUCACUACAACCGCAUCAUUGACAAGAACCCGGCCGAGCCACGGGCACUCUUCUACUCCGUCAUGCACCGCUCCGUGCACUCGACGGCGCUAUUCUCGUGCGCUAUGCAUGAUGAUGAGAUGUUCAACUACCUUGCGACGCUGCAGCGCUUCUCCAAGAUCGAAACGCGCCGCCCGAAGGUGGGCAGCGCUCGGGCCUUUGUCGCCUACGGCACUAGCACAAUACCAAGGAUCCGCGACGAACUCAAGGAGACCAAGGAUGUCCGCCAGCGGACCAUGAUGCAGCGGCAGCUGGAGAAGCUGGAGCUGAUGGUGGCGGAUGCAGAGGACAUGCUUCAGUCACCGGCGGAUUGCGUGCCCAAGACGUACAUCUAG